CAGUCGCUGUUCAUUUCCUAACGGUAACGGGUUUGCUGCGCGCUGUCGUAGACAAAGCUUGCGCCGUUGUCGCCGCCGUAGCUUUUUGCUACACAAACAAUAAUAAUAAAAAAAAGCGCUAGACAAAAUAAUAAUAGUUGCUAAUUGGCUGCCAUUGUCAGUGUAGCUACUGGUGCUCUGUCCGUGUUCAUUAAAUAACAUUAAACUGGUAUUUAAAAAUUGCCGAAAUUGCGAACAGUGUAAUAAAAUAAAAAUAAAUUUACAUUGAAAAUCCUUAGUACAUACACACACACUGACAUGUCGCGUGCUGUAAUUGUGUGCGUGAGUGUAUAGAAAUGCUUCAGUGCAGCCAGUUUUAGCGCAUGCGCCAUUGUACCCCACAGUUGCUGCCAAGUUUUGCAUUAAUUGUUUUUCGUCGAGCCAAAAAGCAUUUAAAAUUACAAACACUCAGCGCUGAUAAGCUAGCGCAGACGCUGCCAUGUAGAUUGACGCGUUGGACAGCCAUUGUAAGCUAGCGUCAUGGUGGAAUCGUCGAGCUUGGGCCGUGCGCCGCCAGCGGCACAACAGCCCAUACCUCAGCAGCAUUCGCCGUCGCCGUCGGGAAUGCGUUGCGGCAAUUUGGAGACGCGCGUGCGCGGCUCUUGGUACCGUGUGAUGGUAACGCUGGAAACGGACUUUCUGGCCGUGAGUCUGGAUGAGUCGUGCGAGUCUACGCAUCCUUCGAGCGACAGCCAAUCCACAACACUAAACGGCACACUGGGAAGCAAUCACAGCGGCGGAGGAGGCGCCAGUCAGAAUGGCACGUUGCCCAGCUCUGCCUCGUUGCAGGGCAUGGUUGUUCAAGACACCGAACUGGAUGGCUCUGUGGGCACUGGCACUGGCACUGGCAGCAGCAACAACGACAACGGCGAUCUUUGUCUGAAUAACAAUAACAAUGCGGACGCCGUUGGCCUGGACAUGUGCGAUGUACCUGAUCAUGUGGCCAAUCAGAAGCGCCACGUACGCAUCAUCAAGUCCGACAACAACGGUCUGGGCAUAUCCAUCAAAGGAGGUCGCGAGAAUCGCAUGCCCAUACUCAUCUCGAAGAUCUUUCGGGGCAUGGCUGCCGACCAAGCCAAAGGCCUCUACGUGGGCGAUGCCAUUCUCACCGUGAACGGCGAGGAGCUGCGCGAUGCCACCCACGAUGAGGCAGUGCGUGCCCUGAAACGUGCCGGUCGCGUUGUGGAUCUGGAAGUUAAAUUUCUGCGCGAGGUGACGCCCUACUUUCGGAAGGCGAGCAUCAUUUCUGAGGUGGGCUGGGAGCUGCAGCGUGCAUUCCUCUGCCCAUUGGGUCCGGGCGCGCCGACAUCCCCGCCAGCACCGACGCCUAAGACAACGCCGCGAGCAGACACGCGCUACAUACCGCUGCAGCUGACGCAUCUGGCGCGCAAUCUCAAGUACAUCGAUCCGGAAAACCGUUGCCUGGAGCUGCACUCGCCGGAUGGCGUGCACUCGUGCAUUCUGCGUGCGGCCGAUUCCGCGGAAGCUCUGGUCUGGUUCAAUGCGCUCCACUCGGCCAUGGGCAGCAGCACGCAGCGCUCCCUGGUCGAGGCCAACCGUGCGCUGAUGACUCUUAUUGGGGAGCUCAAGCACAUUGGUUGGCUGAGCAAGCGUCUAAACGGAGGCGGCAGCUCGGGCAGCGCCGGCGGCGGUGGGGGCAGUGGCGCGGCCAGCGGAGGUAGCGGCACCUCGAACAGUGGAGGCGUCGCCGGCGAGGUGGUAAGUCCCAGCGGUCGCUCCAGCUCGGAGAGUUCCGAUGAAAGCGACAAAUGGCUGCCCAUUUUUGUGGCAGUUACCGAGCGCGAGUUUCGGAUAUACGAGAGCGCACCCUGGUCCGUGGAGGCCUGGAGUCGUCCAUUGGAGAGCUAUGCGCUGGCCACCACAAGGUUGGCCGGAGCCGGCAACAAUUCCUCCCUAAAUGGCCAGCAGACCACGGUGUUUUGUGUGCGCUGUGGCACAGCACGGGGUGUCCUGGUGUACUGGCUACGCUCGGAGACACACCGGGAUAUGGCCGCGUGGGCGCGUGCUCUUGUUCAGGGCUCCCAUCAGGCGGUCAAUUUGCAGCGGGAGUUCUCGUUUCGCUGCCUCUACCAGGGCAGGCAGUGUCAAUUGGUUGUGCACAUAAAUCGGGGCUUCUUCUUAUACGAUUGCGGUGGCUUCGCCUCAUCCACGCCAACAGCGGCGGUGGCCAACAAAACGCAGCUCUGGCAAUUCCCAUUUGAUAAGUUAAAAGGCUCGGCGGACGACGGAGCUCGCAUGCUAUAUUUGGAUUUUGGCGAUGAUGGCGAAAUCGAGUUGGAUAUGGAGUGUUGUCCAAAGCCCGUUGUGUUCGUGGUACACAAUUGCCUGUCGGCCAAGGUUCAUAAUAUUGCCUAAGCAGCGACAUUUUGUGCCGGAUUCUUUUAAGCGCAAUAGAAAAAUGAUAUAGCAAAUAAUAUUUUUACAUUGUUUUUGUUGCUAUUUUUUUAAUUUAAAGCAAUUAUUUAGUUAAUAGUAUAAAUUUACUAACAAAAAUUUUAAUUAUUGUUUUUUUUUUUUAUGUGAUUAACAUAAUUAUGUGGAAAAUAAUUCAAUUAAUAUUAUAAUUAAGUUAAUUUGGAGUUUGUUAUUUGCAUUGCGCUUGAGAGUAAAUCAUUGCAUAUACUAAGCAGAAAGUUGAUGGCGAGAGCAACGGCGCCGGCGAGUGAGCAUUACGUGCUUCCCGAUGGCUAUUGGGCUAUUUGUAAGUUUAGAAAAAAGAAUAAAAAAAAGAAAUAGUAAACGAAGUAGAAUCCUUCGAGAGAGUACUAACUCGAAUACUGACAAGCACAAACCAAAACAUUUUUUACAUUGUAAGUAGACGUAAAUUCAUUUUAUACGUGCGUGUGCCAUAUACACACAGAUUAGAAUAUACCAUCUAAAAGGCCGAAAAGUCUCAAAUGAAAUCUAAACCAACUUGAAAACGAAUAUCUAAAUGCAAAUCUGAUAUCUACAUUGAAUACACACGUUGAACAAUAAUUAUCGUAAUUGUACUUAACUAAUUGUAUCUUGUAUCUAAACGAAGCACACAUAUCUCGAUGUAUUAGGACCCUAAAACUUGGCGUCGAAAUUGAAAUCGUGUCGAUCAUGUCAUACUCCACAUAAAUACCUACUAUAAAUUCAUUAUACAUAUAUACAAAUACGACAAUUUCCAGCAUUUCCCCAUUCUACUUGUACAACAGCGAUCGAUCAUAUGCAAUUAUUAUACAUUAUACCAGCAUAUAAGCAUGACAUAUUCGUUUUAUGAAAUUCCAAAUUUCGUUAAAAAGAAAUCCCAAAAACCAACCAAGAAAAUCAACAUAAAUCAUAAACUUAAGGCAAUAUGUAUUUUUAACAUAAGUAGUGUUGAAUCUUCGAUAAUAAACUUAUAUAUACAUAAUACAAAUAA